UGCAACGCCUGCACAACGUCUGGAAUCAAUGAGCAGACGAUCAAACAUGGCGCUCGCCCGUGCAUCGCUCCGUCUGUGCUGCCGGUGGUCCAGUUUCACCUCCGCGAGAUGUAUAUCCACGGCGCAGGCUUCGAGGGCGCAGUUCUCCAUUCAAGACAAGGAAGACUUCAAGUCUAAAGUGCUCGAGAGCAAGAAGCCCGUCGUGGUCAACUUCAGGGCCACCUGGUGCGGGCCCUGCAAGAUGCUGACGCCUCGCCUGGAGGCCGCGGUGGACGCGAGAGGCGAGAAGGUGGACCUUGCCAAAGUGGACAUUGACGAGCAGGCUGACCUUGCCUUUCAGUACGAGGUUGAAGCCGUCCCAGCUGUGAUCAUGUUCAAGGACGGCCAAGUGACGGACCGCUUCUUGGGUCUCAAGGACAAGGACCAGAUCGAGAGCUUUCUCGACAAGGCCGUUGGGUCGUGAUCCGGUUCCCUGCACAUCGCCGAUGCCACCGUAGUUAAUUUUCGUUAAAAAUGUUGUAAAUAAAGUCCCCCUUUUAC